AUGUCGUCCUUCACCGAGACAGAUCAGCUCGCCAUCAACACCAUCCGUGUGUUGGCUGCCGAUGCCACCGCCCAUGCCAACUCCGGUCACCCUGGUGCCCCCAUGGGCAUGGCUCCUGUUGCCCACGUCCUUUUCAACCGUUUCAUGAACUUCAACCCCAAGGACCCCAAGUGGCUCAACCGUGAUCGCUUCGUUCUUUCCAACGGCCACGGCUGCAUGCUCCAGUAUGCUAUCCUCCACCUCUACGGCUAUGCCCUCUCCAUCGACGACCUCAAGGCUUUCCGCCACAUUGACAGCAUCACCCCCGGUCACCCCGAGGCCCACGACACCCCUGGUGUUGAGGUCACCACUGGCCCUCUCGGCCAGGGUAUCUCCAACGCUGUUGGUCUUGCCAUUGCACAGGCUCACACCGCUGCCGUCUUCAACAAGCCCGGCUACGACCUUGUCAACAACUACACAUACUGCUUCCUUGGUGAUGGCUGCUUGAUGGAGGGUGUUUCCGCCGAGGCUUGCUCUCUGGCCGGUCACCUCCAGCUUGGCAACCUCAUUGCCAUCUGGGAUGACAACAAGAUCACCAUUGAUGGUGACACCAACCAGGCUUUCACUGAGGAUGUCCUCAAGCGUUACGAGGCCUACGGCUGGCACAUUCUCACCGUCGAGGAUGGCGACCACAACCUCGACAAGAUCGCCGAGGCUCUCCAGAAGGCCAAGGAGGUCACUGACAAGCCUACCCUUAUCCAGCUCAAGACCACCAUUGGUUUCGGCUCCAAGGCCCAGGGCACCCACGGUGUCCACGGCUCGCCCCUCAAGGCUGACGAUAUCAAGCAGCUCAAGGAGAAGUUCGGCUUCAACCCCGAGGAGAGCUUCGCCGUUCCCCAGGAGGUCUAUGACCUUUGCCACAAGGCUUCCGCCAAGGGUGCUGCUAAGGAGGAGGAGUGGAACCAGCUCUUCGCCAAGUACGCUGAGGAGUUCAAGGCUGAGCACGACGAUCUCGUCCGCCGCCAGAAGGGUGACCUCCCCGAGGGCUGGGAGAAGAACCUCCCCGUCUACACCCCCGCCGACUCCGCCGUCGCUUCCCGCAAGCUUUCCGAGACUGUUCUCAACAAGAUCUUCGAGGCUGUUCCCGAGCUCGUUGGUGGUUCCGCCGAUUUGACCGGCUCCAACCUCACCAGGUGGAAGGGUGCCAUCGACUUCCAGCCUCCCUCCACUGGUCUCGGUACCUACGCUGGCCGUUACAUCCGCUUCGGUGUCCGUGAGCACGGUAUGGGUGCCAUCCUUAACGGUAUGGCCGCCUAUGGCACCAUCAUCCCCUAUGGUGGUACCUUCUUGAACUUCGUCUCGUACGCUGCCGGUGCCGUCCGUCUCUCUGCCCUUUCUCAGGUCCGCGCUAUCUGGGUUGCCACCCACGACUCGAUCGGUCUUGGCGAGGACGGCCCUACUCACCAGCCUAUUGAGGUCCUGGCCCACUUCCGUGCCCUCCCCAACUGCAUGGUCUGGCGCCCUGCCGAUGGCAACGAGACCAGCGCUGCCUACUAUGUCGCCCUUACUUCCAAGCACACCCCCAGCAUCCUCGCUCUCUCCCGCCAGAACCUUCCCCAGCUUGAGGGUUCGACCAUCGAGAAGGCCGUCAAGGGUGGCUACGUCCUCCACGAGGUUGAGGGUGCCGACAUCACCCUUAUCUCCACCGGUUCCGAGGUUUGCAUCGCCAUUGAUGCCGUCAAGGAGCUCAAGGAGAAGCACAACAUCAAGGCUCGUGUCGUCUCUAUGCCCUGCAUGGAGGUCUUCGAUGCCCAGCCCAAGGACUACCGCCUCAGCGUUCUUCCCGACGGCAUUCCCUCUCUGUCCAUUGAGGUCAUGAGCACCAUGGGCUGGGAGAAGUACUCUCACGAGCAGUUCGGUCUCAACCGCUUCGGUGCCUCCGGUGCCUACCUUGAUAAGUUCGAGUUCACCCCUGAGGGCAUUGCCAAGCGCGCGCUUGCCACCAUCGACUUCUGGAAGCCCGUCUCCAACAUCCGCUCUCCCAUCAACAGGGCUUUCGAGCAGCUCAUCUAA